AUGACCUGGUAUAGGAACCUUCCUCCCAACUCCAUCCACUCCUGGGCAGAACUCAAGAAUCUUUUCUCAAAUCAUUUCACAGCCUCUCGCCGGCAGUCGAAGUCUGAAGCAACCCUCGAGGCCGUUAUUCAAGGGACCAACGAACCUCUCCGAGAAUACCUCGACAGGUUCAACAAAGAGGCCGUUCAGGUGCAGACAACUGAUCACAUGAAGAGAUACCUCCUGGAACGAGGACUCCUCCCCGGGAGUGACUUCAAGAAAGCCAUCAAAAUUGAGAAAGUACGCACCAUGGACGCCCUCCUCCUCAAAGACCAGGCCUACAUCGCCUACGAGGAAGGCGAAGCAGCCGUGAAGAAAAGCUCGAGGAGCAACGACGCUGCCCGUAGCUCAAGUCAAGACUAUUCUCUCUCUCGCCGAGGCAAUGAAAAGAGAAAGGACGACAGGCCCCGUGACACAAAGGAGCAAAGAGGACCGGAUGGUCGUUUUAACGACUACACUCCACUAAUCGCCUCGCGCGAGCGCAUUCUAGCCGAGUGCAAGAGUACAGAGUUAAAAAACUCUAAGGUCCGGCCUCCGAAGCCAAAUCCCACCAGACCGAGGACCGAAAAGUCAAAAUACUGCAAGUACCAUAAGAUUCAUGGGCACCUAACCGACGAGUGCAUACACCUGAAAGACGCCAUCGAGACUCUGAUCAAAGAAGGCCGUCUCUCCAAGUAUACAAAGAAAGGAGAGAACUCCCACCGAGAAGGGCAGGGGACUUCUGACGGGGACAAUUCACCAGAUGACAGACCAUUGCAGGUUCCUCUAUCCGUCACCCGACCAGAAGACUUCGUACCCUCGGUCGGAGUGACCUCCGCUCUGAGCCCAUGGGAAGGAUUCCCGACCGCCAUGGUCAUCUCUAACGGUGGAGAUCCGGGCUCUCUCACGAUCAGCUCGGUAAAGAGAAAGUUUGACGAGCUCAUCAGCGCCAACUCAGACCUCGGUCCAACCCUCCAGAAAUUCAAAGGAAAAUCAGAUCCGAUAACCUUCUACCUCGAGGAACUCCUGGGCGGAGCACCUAACGCCACGAUUCCCCUGCUCGUCCGAGCAAGGAUGGCUAAUUUUGACGUCCGUCGGAUCAUGAUUGACGAGGGAAGCUCGGUCGACAUCAUGUACUCCCAUCUCUUCAAAACCCUCAAGAUGGACGACUCCCACCUCACUUCAUACGUAGGUUCCGACCUUUAUGGAUUCAACGGAACCACCACCAAACCUUUGGGUUACGUCGAGCUGAUCGUUACUUUCAGAGAGGAAGAAGCUUCCAGACAAGUCAAGACCCGAUUCCUAGUGAUCGACUACAAAACUCUCUACAACUGCAUCAUCGGGCGGCCCACUCUAGCCGAACUAACGGCCGUCCCCUCGACCGCACACCUCAAGAUGAAGUUCUACACCAAAAGGGGACGAGUAGCCACCAUCAACGCCGGCAUCGAAACAGCCAGAAGGAUAUUCGACGCAUCGAUGAAGGGACUACAGCUGAUCACCCCUCCUUCUGGCGCCAACAAGAAGCCAAGGGCCGGAGACAAGCCAGCUCGGGAAGACCUUCAGCAAACGACUAAUGUCAGCUCAAUCGACCUCGACGUCCGUUUUCCAAAGGAAGAACUGAAGAACGGAGAAGAACCCAAACCAAGGACAGCUCACCCCGUUCGACCAAUUCCGGACGGCGACUUUGAGCUCGUUCCGCUGGGCGAUAACCCCGACAAGGCGGUGAAGAUUGGCGAAGACAUCCCGGAUCUGCCGAGGAAGCAACUCGUAGCAUGCCUUCGAGCCAACUCCGACCUGUUCGCAUGGAGCGCAGCUGAAAUGCCCGGACUCGACCCCAAGGUUGCCUGUCACCACCUCUCCAUUGAUCCAACCGCAAAGGCAGUAGUUCAACAUAGGCGUAGGUAG